AUGGCAUCCGAAUGUAACAGAAGUGAUAUUGAUGGAGAUGAAACUUGUUCCGAAGCAAGCUGUGCAACUAAUAACGGAUCAAACGUUUCAACUGUUCCUGACAGACAUGGAUUUUUGGGAGGUUCUCAAUAUACAGCUGAACCCAUUCAACUCGUCCCUCGUGCGGUCGUUCUUAGAAGAGAACGAAAAUGGAUUCAAAUGUUGGCAGACUGGAGAAAGUACAUGGAUAAGGAUUAUAGGAAAAUAAGGAAAAGAUGCAGGAAAGGGAUUCCCCCCUCGUUAAGAUCGAGAGCGUGGCUGUACCUGUGCGGCGGACAAUUUCUAAUGGAACAAUCGAAAGGAUUAUACGAUGAUUUGUGUAAAAAAGACGGAGAUCCAAGAUGGGUGGACGACAUUAAAAAAGACCUUCACAGACAAUUUCCCUAUCACGAAAUGUUCAUUUCCGAGGAAGGAGUUGGGCAAACGGAAUUAUCUCAGGUUUUAAAAUGUUUUUCUAUAUUAAAUCCCGCUGUUGGAUAUUGUCAAGCUCAAGCUCCGCUGGCUGCCUUUCUUCUCAUGCACAUGCCUGCAGAGCAAGCUUUUUGGUGCCUUGUUUCAAUUUGUGAAAAAUAUCUCAUGGGUUACUACAGUCAGGGAAUGGAAUCCUUGCAAUUGGACGGAGACAUUUUAUUCGGUUUGUUAAAAAAAGUCGCUCCGAGAGUUUACAAGCAUAUAAAAAAGCAAAAAAUGGAACCCAUACUUUACAUGACGGAAUGGUUUCUAUGCGUUUUCACUCGGUCACUCCCGUGGGCGACGGUACUCAGGAUUUGGGAUAUGUUUUUAUGCGAAGGAGUUAAAGUGAUUUUUAAAGCGGCUCUAGUCAUAAUGAAAUUCAGUUUGGACAGUAGAGCUACGUUGAAAAAUUGUCCGACAAUGUAUGAAACUUUGGAGGUGUUAAGAAAUCCUCCGCCGGAAAUUUUGGAAGAAUAUUUUUUGAUUCCUCAGGUGAUAAGACUGGAUAUAAGCGAAGAAGUUUUCAAUAAAGAACACGAGAGACAAUUGAAAAAAAGAAAAGCGUCGAAAACCAGUGCCAAAAAUAGCAAUAAGCAAUAA